AUGCAGAAUCUUAGUUCCCUGACCAGGGGUCAAACCCAUGCACCCUGCAGUGGAAACAUGUGUCCCCCUGACACCUCAAACUCAACAGUCCUAAGCAAAGCACAUCAUUUUCCUCCCAUGUAUGCACCCUCUUCCUCUAUAGUUAAUGAAGUUAUUGCCUACCCAGUGGUCCAAAAGAAUCUGCACUUCACCAUCAACUCCCCUAUCUUUCCUUCACAUCCAGUUCCUGGUGAUUCUACCCACCACCACCCUGGUCCUGACAUCACUAUUUCUGUCUGGAGCAUGCAAAGUACCUGGAGCAAGUACCAGCCCAUAGUGGCUGGUACUUCUAGUGGGCUACUCACAUAG